UGUCCCAUUGACGGGUCUUUCUGCUCGACUCCACAAAUUGCCAGAGAUUAUUGUAUCUAACAGCUAUGUUUCUACUGUGGUUAAGAAGACCAUGGGUAUCAUUUUUGGUCUUUGUUGUAGCAAUGGUCAUCAUCUUUACAAUAAAGGAGGCCGGUAAAUCUGGUGCUGUAGCUGGGGCUAAAACUGGGGAGAACAGUGUACUUCCACUGGAUAUGGCUGAAAACUCUGUUGACGACAUGUACGAUGGGUGCAAAGAAGACAUGAAGAAGAGGGUAACAAAAGACCUGGAGAAUGAGAAGAACAAAGACAAAAACUUCAAAGCGGUCUGGGACAGGUCAGAGAACACACACACACCAUUUGGGGAAUGGUUUAAUAAAGUACUGAAAAGAAAACUGAUUGUAGCUAUUCGUACUUACACUGACGAAACCGAUGUGUAUAGUAAAUUCAACGCUGCAGUUCGAACCCAGGGACCUGAGUACAAGACCACAUUCGGGUAUCACGCAUUUCACUUUCUCCUGACUACUGCCAUUCAAGACAUAAGUGCCUCUGAUAAAAAACAAUGUUUUACUGUCUACCGUAGAGUCAACGAGUACUUUAGCCAAGAUGUUGAAAACACUUUGAUUCGCUUUGGCUCUUUCACCUCAGCCUCACAGGGUGAUUACGGCAAUAAAGACAUUUUCGGAGAGAAGUCAUGUUUUGAGAUUCUCACGUGCAUGGGAGCAGAUAUCUCCCCCUAUUCUACAUUUCCGAAUGAAGCAGAAGUGCUGAUUCCUCCCUAUGAGGUCUUUAAAGUCGUAAAGAUAGAGAAGCCAACUUCGAAGCGUCCAUGUGAGGUGGUCUAUACAGUGAAGCAUACAGGCGCUUAUUCCAAGUUGAAUUGUACUCUUUUUCCAAAGUAAACACUUUCACAUGUUAAACAUACAGUUAACAAAACAUGUAAAAUUUAGGAUGCACCAUUUUAAGUACUGCAAAUGAUCUGUAAUCAAGAUUAAUGUGAAUGUGGAUUUAUUUGUUAACAAUGACAUUUGACAAUCUCAAAUUGAGGUGUAGAUUUUCUAUUGUGCAACAAGUGUUUAAGAGAAAUAAACACUAGCUGCAUAAAAAUGAACCCUUACAGUUGUGUCAUUGUUAAACUGGAUCUGUAUGAAAAUGUUUAAAUGAAUAACAAGAAUGAAAAUGUUGUAAUACAUUGUAUUAUUUCCCAUGUCAUCUGUAUUUAAAUUGGGUGCAUAACCUGUCCUAUAUACAAAGUUACUGUAUGAAAACUGUCUUAAAAAAAAUAA